AAAAAUUAUAUAUAAUUUGUGAGUAUUUUUUUUAUUGUAAAUAYAUAAUGACUAUGUUUAGCAUUAUAAUAUGCUUAUCGGUAUUAGUAUUUGGCGUCGCAUUUGCCACUGAAUUUCGCUUUCAAAACAACUGUCCCCAUACGGUAUGGGCUAAAACAUUGGGCAAUCCGGGUAAAGGAAACCCGGAGAACGGUGGGUUUGUUAUGAAUGCUGGCGAUCAGCACAACUUCAACAUAGCUUCCGGUUGGGCCGGUCGUAUGUGGGGCAAUACAUUUUGUAAUGCUGAUGGCCAUGGAUGCAAAUCAGGUGAUGGCGCCACACCUACAACAUUGGCAGAGUUCACUCUCGCUAACAAAGACGGAGGUAUGGACUUCUAUGAUGUCAGUCUUGUGGACGGCUAUAACGUUGGAAUCAGUAUUACUCCAAUUGUUGGUACGUACGACAAAAAAGGAUCGGGACAUUAUGACUGUGGAGUGGCCGGUUGUAACGCAGAUCUACUAACCACCUGUCCAUCUGAGUUGACCGUUAAAUCGGACGGUCGUACUGUCGCGUGUCUGAGUGCGUGCGCUAAGUACAAGACCGAUGAGUACUGUUGUAGUGGAAAACAUAGUACGCCUGAGACAUGUAAAAGCACAGACUGGCCCAUCAACUACCCGGCCUUUUUCAAAAAGUAUUGUCCUGAGGCCUACAGUUACGCCUACGAUGAUUCAGUCAGCACAUUCACCUGUCACGGCAAACCAUACACCGGAUAUCAAAUUGUUUUCUGUCCAAAUCAACUAUAUGUAUAACUCGGUUGAAUAAACAUACAUUUGUUUUAUUAUUUGAAACACGACAACAAUUUAUUAUAUGAUUUUAUUUUUGUAAUUUUACUUAUUUUAUAAUAUUUAAGUCUAACAGUAAAUUUUUUGAUAAUUAAAAUUAAUUUUCUCAAAUCAAUCUAUCUAAUAUUAUGAAUAUAAAUAAUACAUAAUCAUAAACUAUUAAUUACUAAAUACCCAAUAAUUA